CACAGCGGUAUCUUGAAUCAUACAAGUCUCGGAUAUAACACGUGGUGAACACUUUGUCGCGUUAAACUUGUGCUACCUGAUCGAACGCCUUCCCAAGUACAUUUGAUUUCCUUCUGUCACCAAUUCACGACUCUUAGAAAUACCAACUUUGCACAUUUACAAGCUCACCCGACAGAAUGACACCACCAACAUCGACACCAUCUCCACGUCGAUUUCUGCUGAACAAAAAGCCUCAGAUUAGCACUCCUACCCCUUCAAGACUAUCACAUCAGGUCCUCCAAGAUGCGCCCGACUCAAACACUCCCCGACCGACCUCUGGUCCAAUGCCAUCACAGUUUGCGAGAGUGCCUCGAUUCGCGAUGUCUGCAGCACGGCGAGCAUCAUUCCCUCCGCGUUCACCAUCACCUGCGAAACCUCAAUUCGCAGCUUUUGAUGCUCCACCAGUCAAUCAACAUGAGAAAGUUCGGGAUAUGAUCUCUAUCUCUGACGACGAUGAUGAUGAAAUGCUGGAAAACUACAAUAGUAACAAUGACUUCACACCUAAGGCACAACAUGUCUCCCAAGACUCAUUACCGGAGCCACAAAAGGGAGCACAUUUGACAUCCAACUUGCCAUCGUCGCCAAAACGGCGUAGAGUUGAUGCUGGAGAUACAAUGUCAACCCCACAGCCGACCCCGGGCCGUUUCAUCCUACCGUCUACAGGCACGAUCCGGACGACGUUCACACAGGGUGAUGGGGAUACACCCAACAGCAACAGACCAGCAUUUUUGAUGCCCUCGCUUCCGCCACCAGAAGCUGUCGCACCUCUACCUGAUGCGUUUUCUCCUCGAAGGAGAGGACAGAAGUUUGUACCCGGUGGUCUAGCGUCAGAGCUACAAUCGUGGAUCAUCGAGACUGCACAGACUGCAACUCAGAGUAGACCCCGUAACUCUUUACAGGUUGAUGAUUCGGUGCAUGUCAUCAACGUCAUUGAAGCUGAGGGGGACGGGCCGGUGUUCGUGCAUGGUACAUCAUCUGGUAAGGGACCUGCCAAAGCGUUGCUCGUUGACGGUCAAGCGAACCAAAAGGCAGUCAGAGUCAAAGCAGGGGAUAGCGUGAGCAUCAAGCUGCCCACAUGGGAUGUCCAAGUGUCGGGAGAAACGUGGUUAGUAGGCGUUGACUGGAGAACGACAAAGGACUGAAGCACUCAUUUGGGUAUGUUGUUGUUCUUUAUAUUUCAUAGACAACAAGCAAGGCCAUGUUCUGGCAUGGGCGGCGGCAAGAGCACGAGCAAGAAUGGUAGGCCUGAAAGCCGGGUGUGAUGAUCAGGUACCGGAAAGAUGGCGAUUAGGAAGAAAUGCCAUCAUGAUCAAGGACUAGUGACAUAGCGAACCGUGGAAGGGAUUGAGAACAGGUGAUGAACUGGGAGGUUAUGAGUGGAAGUCGGAGAUUCAACGCGACACGAGCGAUACGACGCGUGUGUUUACCAGCCACCACUUUAUGAGUGACCCGCCUUGCAUUUUUUUUAAAGUUGAUGGGCU